AUGGGCGACGUGGCCAACAGUUCCAUCGAGUUCCACCCCAAACCCCAGCAGCAGCGGGAGGCCCCACAUGCAGGCGGCUUCGGGUGCACGCUGGCCGAGCUGCGCUCCCUCAUGGAGCUCCGGGGGGCUGAGGCACUGCAGAAAGUCCAGGAGGCCUAUGGGGACGUGGGCGGGCUCUGCAGGAGGCUGAAGACCUCACCCACCGAGGGCCUGGCUGACAACGCCAAUGACCUGGAGAAGCGCAGGCAGAUCUACGGGCAGAACUUCAUCCCCCCAAAGCAGCCCAAGACCUUCCUACAGCUGGUGUGGGAGGCCCUGCAGGAUGUGACCCUCAUCAUCCUGGAGGUGGCCGCCAUCGUAUCCCUGGGCCUCUCAUUCUAUGCACCUCCGGGGGAGGAGAGCGAAGCCUGUGGGAACGUGUCGGCUGGGGCGGAAGACGAAGGGGAAGCCGAGGCGGGCUGGAUCGAGGGGGCCGCCAUCCUGCUGUCUGUCAUCUGCGUGGUUCUGGUCACGGCCUUCAACGACUGGAGCAAAGAGAAGCAGUUCCGAGGCCUGCAGAGUCGCAUAGAGCAGGAGCAGAAGUUCACCGUCAUCCGGAACGGGCAGCUCCUCCAGGUGCCCGUGGCCGCGCUUGUGGUGGGGGACAUCGCCCAGGUCAAGUAUGGAGACCUGCUGCCUGCCGACGGCGUGCUCAUCCAGGGCAACGACCUCAAGAUCGAUGAGAGCUCCCUGACGGGCGAGUCGGACCAUGUGCGCAAGUCAACAGACAAGGACCCCAUGCUGCUGUCAGGCACUCAUGUCAUGGAAGGUUCUGGAAGAAUGGUGGUGACGGCUGUGGGUGUGAACUCCCAGACGGGCAUCAUCUUUACCUUGCUUGGAGCUGGUGGAGAGGAGGAAGAGAAGAAGGAUAAGAAAGGCAAGCAGCAGGAUGGGGCGAUGGAGAGUAGCCAGACCAAAGCAAAGAAGCAGGAUGGGGCUGUUGCCAUGGAAAUGCAGCCCCUGAAGAGUGCAGAGGGUGGAGAGAUGGAGGAGCGGGAAAAGAAGAAAGCCAACGUGCCCAAGAAGGAGAAGUCGGUCCUACAGGGAAAGCUCACCAAACUGGCCGUGCAGAUUGGGAAAGCAGGGCUGGUGAUGUCCGCCAUCACUGUUAUCAUCCUGGUCCUCUACUUCGUGAUCGAGACCUUCGUCAUAGAUGGCCGGGCAUGGCUGGCAGAGUGCACACCUGUCUAUGUGCAGUACUUCGUCAAGUUCUUCAUCAUCGGUGUCACCGUGCUGGUUGUGGCUGUCCCUGAGGGCCUGCCUCUUGCUGUCACCAUCUCCUUAGCUUACUCCGUCAAGAAAAUGAUGAGGGACAACAACCUGGUCCGCCACCUGGAUGCCUGCGAGACCAUGGGCAAUGCCACGGCCAUCUGCUCCGACAAGACGGGCACGCUCACCACCAACCGCAUGACUGUGGUGCAGUCCUACCUCGGGGACACCCACUACAAAGAGGUUCCAGCCCCCAGUGCCCUGACCCCCAAGAUCCUCGACCUCCUGGUCCACGCCAUCUCCAUCAACAGUGCCUACACCACCAAAAUACUACCUCCAGAGAAGGAAGGCGCCCUCCCACGCCAAGUGGGCAACAAGACGGAGUGCGCUCUGCUUGGCUUCGUCCUGGACCUCAAGCGGGACUUCCAGCCAGUGCGGGAGCGGAUUCCUGAAGAUAAGCUUUAUAAGGUGUACACCUUCAACUCGGUCCGCAAGUCCAUGAGCACAGUCAUCCGCACGCCUGACGGCGGCUUCCGCCUCUUCAGCAAGGGCGCCUCAGAGAUCCUGCUGAAAAAGUGCACCAACAUCUUGAACAGCAAUGGGGAACUCCGCAGCUUUCGCCCUCGAGACCGGGAUGACAUGGUGAAGAAGAUCAUUGAGCCGAUGGCCUGCGAUGGGCUCCGCACCAUUUGCAUUGCCUACCGGGACUUCACCGCUGCCCAGGAGCCUGACUGGGACAACGAAAACGAGGUGGUGGGCGACCUCACCUGCAUAGCCGUCGUGGGCAUCGAGGACCCUGUGCGGCCCGAGGUCCCUGAAGCUAUCCGCAAAUGUCAGCGGGCCGGCAUCACAGUCCGCAUGGUGACGGGGGACAACAUCAACACAGCCCGCGCCAUUGCGGCCAAGUGCGGCAUCAUCCAGCCCGGGGAGGACUUCCUGUGCCUGGAGGGGAAAGAGUUCAACCGUAGGAUCCGAAACGAGAAAGGCGAGAUAGAGCAGGAGCGUCUGGACAAGGUGUGGCCUAAGCUGAGGGUCCUGGCGCGAUCAUCUCCCACCGACAAACAUACUCUGGUUAAAGGGAUCAUUGACAGCAACACGGGUGAGCAACGGCAGGUGGUGGCCGUGACAGGAGAUGGCACCAAUGACGGGCCAGCCCUCAAGAAGGCGGAUGUGGGCUUCGCCAUGGGCAUCGCAGGGACGGACGUGGCCAAGGAGGCCUCGGACAUCAUCCUGACGGACGACAACUUCACCAGCAUUGUCAAGGCUGUCAUGUGGGGCCGCAACGUCUAUGACAGCAUCUCCAAGUUCCUGCAGUUCCAACUGACGGUCAACGUGGUGGCCGUGAUCGUGGCCUUCACAGGCGCCUGCAUCACUCAGGACUCUCCUCUCAAAGCUGUGCAGAUGUUGUGGGUGAACUUGAUCAUGGACACAUUUGCCUCUCUGGCCCUGGCAACAGAGCCACCCACUGAGUCACUGCUGCUGCGGAAGCCAUACGGCCGGGACAAGCCCCUGAUCUCACGGACCAUGAUGAAAAACAUCCUGGGCCAUGCCGUCUACCAGCUUACCAUCAUCUUCACCCUACUUUUCGUUGGGGAGCUCUUCUUUGACAUUGACAGUGGACGGAAUGCUCCCCUGCACUCGCCGCCCUCCGAGCACUACACCAUCAUCUUCAACACCUUCGUCAUGAUGCAGCUUUUCAAUGAGAUCAACGCCCGCAAGAUCCAUGGCGAGCGCAAUGUGUUCCAUGGCAUCUUCAGCAACCCCAUCUUCUGCACCAUCGUGCUAGGCACAUUUGCCAUCCAGAUUGUCAUCGUCCAGUUCGGUGGAAAGCCCUUCAGCUGUUCCCCGCUGUCCACGGAGCAGUGGCUCUGGUGCCUGUUUGUCGGUGUUGGGGAACUGGUUUGGGGACAGGUCAUCGCCACCAUCCCUACCAGCCAGCUCAAGUGCCUGAAGGAAGCAGGACAUGGGCCCGGGAAGGAUGAGAUGACUGACGAGGAGCUGGCUGAAGGAGAAGAAGAGAUUGACCAUGCUGAGCGGGAGCUCCGCAGGGGCCAGAUCCUCUGGUUCCGGGGCCUCAACCGGAUCCAGACACAGAUUCGGGUGGUGAAAGCGUUCCGUAGCUCCCUCUAUGAAGGCCUGGAGAAACCAGAAUCCAAGACCUCCAUCCAUAACUUCAUGGCGACGCCUGAGUUUCUAAUCAAUGACUACACCCACAACAUCCCGCUGAUUGACGACACGGACGUGGAUGAGAAUGAGGAACGCCUGCGAGCCCCCCCUCCGCCCUCCCCCAACCAGAAUAACAAUGCCAUAGACAGCGGCGUCUACCUGACCACGCACGGCACCAAGUCAGCUACCUCGUCACUGUUUUCUUCCAGACCCGGGAGCCCGCUCCACAGCGUGGAGACGUCCCUCUAA